ACGCUCCCUAAAUUCCAAAUAACACCAAUCAAGCCUCUGUCUUCAUCUGUCAACUGUUCACGUCAAUCUGAUCUCUGAUCAUUUUCACCAGAAUGGGGAGAAACCCUCGUGAUCGUCUCUCUCUAGCCCUCUUGGCUAUCGUCCUCUCCAUCACGUUCUCCUCCCUAACUCGUUCCCAUGCCCAACAGCCUCCAUUGAGUUUCCCUCCAAGCUUCCCAAACCCUAGGCUUUUCAAUGCUUACAUUGCCCUCCAAGCCUGGAAGCAUGCCAUCACCUCGGACCCGAAGAACAUCACCGGAAACUGGUGUGGCCCCGAGGUGUGCAACUACACCCGGGUCUUUUGUGCCCCGGCCCCCGGUGACCCGCACAACCUCACCACAGUGGCCGGCAUCGACCUCAACCAUGGCAACAUCUCGGGGUCGCUCCCGGAGGACCUUGGCCUCCUCGCCGACCUUGCACUGUUCCACAUCAACUCGAACCGCUUCCACGGGACUCUCCCUGAGAGCUUCCGCAAACUCCGCCUCCUCUUCGAGCUUGAUGUGAGCAACAACCUCCUCUCCGGCAAGUUCCCCACCGUGGUAUUUGACCUCCCUUCCCUCAAGUUCCUUGACAUACGCUUCAAUAGAUACCGUGGCAAAGUGCCAGCUAGGGUGUUCGACUUGAAGCUAGACGCUUUGUUCAUCAACAACAACAACUUCAGCUUCAGCCUCCCGCCGAACAUCGGUAACUCCCCGGUCUCCGUGAUCGUCAUCGCGAACAACAACCUCAACAGCUGCCUCCCUUCGAGCAUAUCAAACAUGUCGAAGACCCUCAACCAGAUCAUCAUCACCAACUCAGGGCUGACUGGGUGCUUGCCGCCAGACAUCGGAGCGCUGAAGAACGUCACGGUCUUCGAUGUAAGCGGCAACGACCUGGUCGGGAAGUUGCCAGACACGAUCGGGCACAUGAGGGCCUUGGAACAAUUGAAUGUGGCUCACAACAAGCUAUCCGGUGAUAUCCCAAAAAGCAUAUGCUCUUUGCCUAAGUUGCAAAACUUCACUUAUUCAGAUAAUUAUUUUUGUGGAGAGCCAGAGAUAUGUCUCAAGUUGCAAAAUGAGGAUGAUAGAGAGAACUGCAUUCCUGAUCGGCCACUCCAAAGGUCAGCCGAAGAAUGUGACGCCUUCUAUUCACACCCUGUUGACUGUGGAGCCUAUGGCUGCUGGCCCCGAAGCCGGUCAUCGUCGCCGCCUCUGCAAUCGCCAUCUCCUGCUCCGUCGCUGCCCGCCAACUUUCACUAUUAAUCAUGACAGCCGGACACAGGCAGAAUUUUUUUCCUCCAAGAAAACAAAAAGAAAGAAAAAGACUUGUCCUAACUACCCUUUAUAGCUUUAAUUUCUUAGCCUAUUAUUGUGUUGCUUGUAGAGCAGUGUUUGAGUUUGGACUCCCGUUGUUUGCAUGUGAAAAGAAAGUGAAAAUUUUAAUUUACUUUGA